CCGCUACGAAUUGUUGAUCGCCGUCCGCACAGCAGCUACUGCUGCGAAGAUGCCUAGGAGCAUGAGCAACACUCCCAGAAGGAAAAAGAAAGGCUCGGCGAUCCGGAGCCCGAAGCAACCAUCGAGCGAGCCCGCGACCAGCGGCGUACAGGACCGAGACAUUGACGGCACACAGCACCAGCUGCAGGAGUGCGGCACCACCAUCUACGGCCACGGCGACUUCCAGCGUCUACUCUGUUGCUUCGUCAUACUGACACUCGUGGUGCUUCACUGCCACAGCCAGGCGUCCGCCUUGGUUGCUCGACCCGUGGACCACUGGUGCCGACCGCCCUCGAAGUUCGCCGACCUUUCCACCGCCCGCUGGAAAAACGUCGGCGUUCCCGUAGACGACGCGGGAAACCCCAGCGAGUGCUUGGCGUACGUGCGCCCGGGUCACCAGCCGAACGACACCGAGACCGUCGAGUGCGACGAGUGGGACUACGACGCCGCUGAAGCGCGCCGCUCCGCGAGGAGCUUCUGGAACCUGGUGUGCCACCGGACGUGGUUGCUGUCCCUGGCGAACGCGGUCUACAUGAGUGGCGCCCUGUUCGUGGUGCCAGUCGCCGGGUGCCUGGCGGACACGUACGGGCGCAAGCUCGUCAUUGUGUCCGGCGUCGCGGUGCUCCUACUGAGCACCCUGGCAACUUGCUUGGCGCGUACCUACCCGCUUUAUCUGGUGACCAGGUUUUUCAAUUCGGCCUGCGCCAGUACCGUCUUCGUAGUCGCCCUGAUUCUUCUCUACGAAGUGGCGCCGCUUGCCUAUCGCGUCUUCUACGUGGGAAUCUCCUGCUCGCUGGGCGCCUUCCUGGCGGACGUGUUUCUGCUGAUUGUGGCGGUGUUCCCACUCUCCUGGACGCUGCUGCAGGUUGUCAUCUUGUCGCCGACGGUGCUGCUGGUUCUCGCGGCGUGCGCCGUGCACGAGUCUCCCGCCUGGCUGCUGGUGCUGUGUCGGGUCGAUGAGGCCGAGGCGGUCAUGCUCGAGGCCGCCAGGGUGAACGACGUGCACCGGGUCACGGCCAGGCAGGCCAUACAGAGGCUCCGCACCGACAUCAACCGCAGCGAGGCCACGUACUCGUCUCGCGCGGUCGCGCCCGGCGCGGAAGUCAGGGGCGCCCACAUAGCCGGAGUAUUCGUCGUGACGUUCACGCUGAUGCUAGGUAUCUACGGCCUUACCUGGUCUAGCAGGAUGCGCAAGGACGCGACAAUAAGCAUCGUGUCUGUCAUCCUGUCUGCGCCUUCGUACGUGGGCAUGUACUUGGCGCUCAUGACCUUGGGCAGGCUCCAGUUCCUGUUGGCUGCCAUGAGCCUGCUGGGCGGCACGUGCCUCCUCUUCGCCGUCGCUGUCUCGGCCAAUCCCCGCGUGAUCGCCGACGCCCUGCUGGUGGUCGCGCAGUGCUGCGCCCGCGUUCUGGCGCCGGCCAACUACCUGUACGUGGCCGAGCUGUUCCCGACGAGCAUGCGCAGCACAGUGCUGUGCAGCGCCUACGCGUGCGGCCGGCUGGGCGCCGUGGUCGCCUCGGCGAUCGCCAUGCUCGAGGACGUAGGCCGCGAGGACCUCGAGUUCGCCGUCGUCGGCUCGGCGGUGUUCGGCGGCGUCGCCGUGCUGAUGCGGCUGCCCGAGACGAGCCGCGGCCUCACCGACAUCCGCAGCGCGGGCGGCACCGAAAGGGACGUGCUCAAGGUGAUGCAGGAGACGCUGAACUCGGCGCCGCCCCGACCGCGGCACAAGAGACAGCGCAGCCUCUCCAAGACGAGGCCGUAG